AUGUCAACUCGCAGAUUCCUUGCACGCUUGGGAAGUAGGAAUAGGGGGUUGUCAGAGGAACUGUUCAAACCACCAACGCCUAUCAGGGUUGAUGUCGCUACAAUCCAGGAAGAGAGGGAGACGGCGUGGGGUUGGGAAUGGAUUCCGGAGAGGGAGAUGGAGAGGUGUGUGGAGUUGUUGGAUGCGUGUUAUGGGGUUGUUAAGAGUCGAGAUCUGGCGAAGCCGUAUUUGCUGUAUCCAUUUCGGCCGUAUUCAACGACGACAAACUCUGCACGGGCAUUUAUCGUGAGCUAUUUCUCUCCAGAAUCUACAACCUCACUACACGAACUACAACUACUCGAAACGGACGACGUUACCACAAUCCUCCGCUGGACAUGGUCCCGAAUUCCCGGCGGCAUAAUCUCACACCCGACAUACGACCUCUUCGCAGCCGGCGAACGCGAGGCAGAAUUCCACGAGGAGGCAUUCCAUAUGCUCAUCCCCCUCGUCGUAUCCUCCGAACUACGAACACGGAUGGUAUUUGGAUGGUUGGAGUUCCUCAGUGGUGUAGCCGCACACUUCCAGAAAAACGGAAUGGUACUCAAGAAGUUGGCGCGCUGGGCGAGUUUCUUCGCGUUUGAACCGAGUGAGGAGGGGAUGAGGUGUACGACAGCUGGUUCUGAGGCUGAGACACCGAGGAGGGAAUAUCUUACGGAUGGGUUUAUCGCACCCACUAAUGGACGACAUAAGGGACGCUUUAGGGUGUGGUACGCGGAAUGGGAGAGGGCAGCUGAGGCGAUGGAACAUCUCUUCUUCGCCUAUCUACGAUCUGUGUCCGCGUCUGGGGGUGCACCGACGAUGAGUACCCUUCCUCUAAGUCUGAGGAAGGUGUUACAAGAGACACCAUACCCACUCCGUCCCCGCGGUUGGAGAGGGAGUUUGUCCGAUUGGGGUAGUCAGACGACGCUGUAUGCUGUGAUGGCGAGUGACCGCGCUGCUGCUACGCCUUUGGGGAUGUUACGCCGCGCGGGGAGGUUGAGUUCGACGAGUGCAACGCAUGCGGAAGAAGUAUUGAAUGCCAUUCAUUAUGAUGGGAUGACGCUGCUUGAGGAGGAAAGCAAACGGAUUCUUGAGGCGAUUGAUGCGGCGUAUGUGGGGAUGGGACAGGUCUACAGCCCUACGACGCUCGGUGAUAGAACCUGGGCACGGUUCAUGGAAGACGGAUUUGAGGGACUGGAUGGUGAUGAUGACACCGAGUCCAUCUCGAGCUUUUCACGCCUUAGAACAGCGAGGAGGGAAGAAGAACAAGCGUCGGAGGCGAAGAGGAGUAUGACCAUGACAUCCAUUUCUUCCAUCACCGACUGGACCUCCUUCCGAAGUGACGGUUUCGCAGGCGGGGUAGAAGAUGGUCUAGGCCUCUUACCCCCCGACAAAGCCCUCCCACCCGUCGUCCAACGUGACCUCCAUUCCCGCGCCGAACGCCGCGCAAAAGAAGAGAUGAUGUGGAAAGGCGUCCUUGUGGCCAACGAACGCAUCGGUGCUGAAAUCGACGGCGAUGGGUUCUGGACUGUGUGGUUCACUGCGCAGAGUCCCGAGAUUGGUGAUAAGCGGAAGGGUACGUGGGGGAGUUUAGCGUGUGUGGAGAUGGAGAGGGGUGCGUGGGUUGUUGUUGAGGAGGUCGUGCCGAGGGUUGUGGAGAAUGUCGUGACGCCGGUUGGGCAGGGGAAGGUGAAGGAUAAAAGGCCGAGCUUGGCGAAGAUGCUGAGUAUGGAAACCUAUCGAAAGAACAAGACGGGAGCAGGAAGUCGAAGCUCGAGUGAGCCGCUCCUCAACAAUUCUUCUGCGCCGUCGUCAAGGCAAGGAACGAUGAGUUCUGCGUACUCCAACUCCAACCCACCUCGUCUGGCGCCGGACCUGAUGAGACUCGUUAUUCAGAGCCGCUCGAAUUUGAAUACGGCAAUGAGUAUCCGUACCCCGGAGGGGCGGUUGCGACAUAGUCCAAGUCAGAUGACGAACGGGAGUAAAGAGGUUGAUGGCGGGUUGUGGGGUGAUGCGGAGGUUAGGGAUGUACUCUCGUGGACUGCGAUGGUCGACAUCGAGGAGGACGAGUCGCAGCCACCAGCGGAUGUGUAUAUGCCGAGGGCUGGUUUAAAGACCAGAGUUAGCAUGAUCGAUUUGGCGACGGGACCGAGAGGGGAAACACCUCAUGGCAUCGACGAGAAGGCUGCGAUGAAGGAAAUGGCCAUGCCUCCACCCACAGCAGAGUUCGAAGGUAUUCCUUCUCGCACAACUAUGAUUAUCGAAGAGAAAACAAUCGAAGCCCCCGAGAAACUCCGUCGCAAGAAAAGUCUGACGGGGCUCAAAAACCUCAUGUUCCGCCGCAAAGGCCGCAAAUUACGGUUGAACAUGGGAUGUGCGACACCAAACUCUGAUGACGAUGAUGGAGGCGAUGUGCCCCAGGCUGUGCCGAGUCCGAUUAGGAGAGCGGUUAGUGGGGCAACAAUCUGUACGUUGAGGACAGGGACAGGGAAGAGCGGUCUGAGUUGUGAGACUGCAGAACUCGUCUCACCCGUAUUGCCUAUCUCGCCGCAGAAUAUUGGGACGACGGAGACGAAGAGUCCGGUGUCUCCCAUUAACCCGGUCCUCGAGGCUCUAAGACGUGAAGGCCAAGGCCCUGUAAUACCGAGAAAGCCGGUCAACGUCCCGAUGACGACGGAUAAGGCAUUACCUGCCCUCAGCCUCGUUACAGACAUGGAGAUUACCCCAGGGUCAGGUGGGGCUACGCCGGGUAAUCUUACGCCGACGUCACCGAUGACCCCGAAACCGGUCAAUUCCAUCAACAUCCCACUCGUACGGAACACGAAGAAACCUUUGCCGCCAAGUCCGCAGGGGGAAUACUUCAGCCCGAUUGCGUCGCCAACACCGACGCAGCUAACGGCGACGGCAGAGAAGAUGAUGGGCUUACACGUUGCCGCCGAGCCAAUCACGGGUUAUGGCCCAGCAACCCGGCACAUUGAUGUACUCGAGCGGCCCAGGAGUCCGGAACAUGGUGUGCAUCAUCAGUGGCCUCUGACGCCGGAAGCAGAGAAGUUCGCUCAGUUAAAACAUGAUGAGAGCAUGUCCUCUUUCGGUGCGAGCCAGGGCCAGACGAGCGUGUUUGAAGUUGAGAGUGAGGGUGAGAGGAGUUUGACGCCGGCGUCGUCAAUUGAGGUUGUGGAGGACGGUGAUGGAGAGUAUCACGACGGAGAUCAAGAAGAGCACCACCAGGUGGAGCAGGGGCAGCAGCAGAUUUUGUUGACAAGCAAGCCGUUGAGUCCUGUCGACGAACUCGAAGAAGACGAGGAGGAACCUGUCAUCACCAACGCAAUCAUGGGUCCUUCGAGGUGGAGUCAAACAUAUGGUCGUGGGUACACCAACCGAUUCUCGUACCAAUCCAACACCUCAGAACCAGUCUCGUCCUCUGAGGACGAAAAGCAUGGCCAGCAACAGAAGGCUCUGAGUCUGAGUUCGCCAGCGAGCCCGAUUAGUGCGACAGGAGCGAGUCGUUGGGCGAUGAUUAGACGUCAGAGUAUGGAUAUUACGGCGAGGAAUGACCGUGAACAGGAUCGGGAGACGGAGCGGGAUAGGUUGUUGUCGAGUCCGGAGCAGGGUGUUGAGGACGUGCAAGACGAUAGUGUCGAGGCGAGGAUCGCGAGGAUUCGGGCGAGGGUUGCUGCUAUGAAUGCUGGGCUGUAG